GUUUCAAAUCUCAGCUUAAUUAUUCUGUUCAACUUGAAGCAACUAUAGGGAACUUUGAUGUCAUGAGUCUGCUCUUAUUUGAUGCUCCUCACAGCAUAGGCCAUGGGAAUAGUUGGCUGCUAAUUGAUUUGUGGAUGCAGAUGGAUUACCUGUUCUUAUCUGCUCCUUUCAUGAAAUGUUUACAAUUUUCACUUGCAAAUAAUUGUUGGACAGGCAUGUUUUCUACUCUAUCAUGAAAGGCCACAACUCACAGGGUAAGCCUUUCCACUGUUGACAAUGACAAUAAUCUUCAACAAGAAAGUGGAGAAGGUUGGUAGCCAUCACUUGCAUGCAAAUCUAAUCAGAUGGUUAAUAGAGAAGAAAAGGGAAUUAUACAAGGAAUUACUGCUACUUGUCUAUUACUUCAUCUGAAAGCUAGUGCAGAUGAUAGCAGCAGAGCUGCUGUCAGAAACAACAGAUUCAUCUACAGAUUCACAGGAGGCCUUCUAAAGUGUUCUGAGUAACCUAUGAUUCAGAGAUUCUUAGAUGUCCCUGCUAUUGGACCACAUUGCCACACCCAUAUGAGGUAGAGUUGUUUACACUGUGUGUCUCCUUCAGCUGGAUUCAAGGACUCUGGAAGAGAUUCUUCAUCACACUUGUAGUUUAUUGCGAGAGAUACAGAUGAUCUCUUUAACUUGUACCUAUCAAAAUCUUCAGGUACAAGCAAAGGUGUAGGUUUAGUCCUCUUUACUUUCUGAAGAAUAAGGAAGUCUUAAUCUUUGCUGGCUAUACGACACUGGUUGUUCAUGAUGGAUGGACCAAAGUGAACUGAGAGCUCUGUCCCCUGUCUCUAGUUUUCAUUUCCUGCAGAACUUGGAUCCCAGAGGGCUCACUGUGGUUGCCGAUAUGUCUCUUUUGAUCAUCACCAAGAUGAUUCUCAUGGUCGUGAAAACCCUUUUUGGAUCUGUAACAAUCUCUUCUGUUGAUGCUGUUAUGUGUUGUUUUAAUGCUAGAGAUGACCGCAGGAAGCUUCGACUGAAAGCACAUGAAUGCAAAGAAGAGUUGGGUCGUCGGUUGUCAUCUUCUUCUAGUAGUAGCAGCCUUCAAGGAAGGAAUUCAUCAUUCGUCCAGCCCACUCAUGAAGACCUUUGGGCUUUUCAUUGAAUCCAUGGACAUGAACGAAGAGGUAGAAGGAUGCUUCGCUUGAUCGACCCACACACACCCCACUUUGUCAUCUUCCCACAUUUCCCAAGAAAAAUUCAAACAGAAGCCAGCCGAAUUGAGGGCCAAGAACCAAUUUUUAUUAGAGAUAGAGCUUUAGAUUCAAUACUAAAUUGCUAUUCUCUGCAUGAGUGCAGAGGCCAAUUGACUAGCUCUACUAAAUCGUGCUUAAUGAUCAUAGCAAUGCUGUGAGUGGCCUUGAAGCAAGCAAGCAAGAGGACACAGCGGACACAAUAUGAAAAGAAGCAUAGCUCUUUAGCCUGUAGCCAUGUCGCAGGACCGAGGAAGAAGCUUCCCAAGGGUUCAAACUACUCGCUCUUCUCGUGACACCGUAAUGCACAGUUGCCUUCUUCUUCUUCUUCUCCCAUUUCUUCCCUUCUUCGAAUGCUGCAGAUGAAAUGGGGAAGGCCAACCUUCUUCGGUUUCUCAGUUGAGGGUGCUUUCCAAUGCCUUCCAAAAGAAGAACACGACUGUCGUUACAGUCAAAGAAAAGCAACCCACCGAGGCCCCCCAAUUCACCAGCAGAUAUUUUGUUUCUAUCUGCCAAAGUCUGACAGCUUCUUCUCAGGGUAAAGAGGAGACUGAAAAGAGGAGGGAGGUAGUAAAUGAGCAAAGCUUUCAUCCGUAAACAUAUGAUGCAGCUCAGGGAAGCAAGCGAGGAAUCUAGAGGUUCCUCAAGCUCCAUGUCGGUUAUCACUACUGGCUUCUCCCCCAUGGACAGCAUGACCCCUUCAUACCUGCAAGCCUCUACUCUUUUGCCAGCCAUUGGAAGGCAUUCAUUAGACUCCAGCUCCUACUUCAGCAACAAGGGCAACCCAUUUGUUGACUCAUUCCCUGAUCCACUCUGCAAGCUCAACCUCAAGGAGACAUCAGACUUCGUCAAGGCAUUUCCAAUGAACACAAAGUGCAGCAGCGAUAACAGGGGGCUGCUCGAAGCCUCAAGUCAGAGGAGGAGAGAAGGAUUAAGCUUAAUGGGACAGAAAAGGCUGGAGACUCCUUCAACCCCUGGGAAGCCUGUUUUCAGCUUCAGCCCUGGGCACCUUUACAGGAAGAACAUUCCUUCCAAGUGGGAUGAUGCGGAGAAAUGGUUGAUCAGUAGCUCUUGCAAUGAAUCCCCUGCUCAUGUGACAAAACCAACAGACUCAUCAUCAAAAAGUUCCAGGCAACAUGGCAUUCUUCCACAGAAAGGUGACUCCUUUGCUGAGAAGCAGAUGAGUUUUGCUGAGAGAAAGGAUCUAAGCUCCCCUAUCCCAGGUUUUGAUGGUCCAGUUAUGUCCAUGGACCCAAUUGUACCUUUCAGUGGAGCCUCUUCAGAAGUACUCCUUAAAGAUAAGUUCACAAACAAUGCAGAUCAAGUCUACCCAAAUUUUAGGUACUCAGAACCAUCUGAAGAAGAUUUUGUUUCCAGAAACUCAUGCUUUGGACCACCCAUGGAAGAUACAACGACAGCUGCUGGAAUAUGCGAGGUUCAGCGCAGAGACAUUGGCACUGAGAUGACUCCUUUAGGGAGCUCAACAGCAACAAGAUGCAAUACUCCAAUUAAGAGCUCUUCACCAGCAAGGCACAACACUCCAGCUGACAGAUCUGGAGCUUUGGUUCCUUGUAACACAUGCAUCGAUAUUUCUGAGCUUAAUGACUGCCACUUUGCCAAGCUAAAGCUUAGUGCACAAUACGACCCAAUCGUAUCAAAUUGGAGCACAAGGGAAGAGGAAGAAGAGGAGGUAUCAAGGAGUUUGAGGCACUUAGAAAUAAGCAGCGGAAGGACGAGCAUUGGAGUAUCUUGGGCUUCUGCCUGGGAAGAAGAAGAGAGGACUAAAAGCUGUCUCAGAUAUCAGAGAGAAGAAGCAAAAAUUCAAGCUUGGUUAAACCUUCAGAAUGCUAAAGCAGAAGCUCAGUCCAGAAAGUUGGAGGUGAAGAUACAGAAGAUGAGAUCCAACUUGGAAGAGAAGCUGAUGAAAAGGAUGGCAAUCGUUCACAGGAGGGCUGAGGAAUGGAAGGCAACAGCACAGCAACAGCACUCCCAACAGCUAAAGAGAGCAUCUGAGCAUUCACAGAAGAUGAAGAGUCAGCACAGCUCUCGAUUCCCUGUCAACUCAACUUGUGGUUGCUUCCCUUGCAACAACCAGCUCUAGUACAGACCAAACAGUGACCAUGUCUUCUCUCUAUAGACCAGAAAAGUAAUGCAGCCAAAGGAUCCAAAAAUGAUUGGGCGCAUUGUGAACCUGUGAUAUCUCUCUUGUAUUCUUCACAAAGGAUAAUUAUUCUGGUGUUUCCUAUUUGGCUUUGUUGAUGAAAAAGAUUGGUGGAUUUUGGUAUGUUAAUAGAGUUCGUAGUAAA